GCAGUACAGAAUUUUAAACAUGUUCUAAUUUUUCUAAGUUCCCCGACUCGCCGUAUAUGGGGAUGUCUGAAAAAUAAGCAUAUCAACGUGAUCGAACGUAAAAUCGUGAUUAGUUCUUGUUCGAUAUUAACAAAUGCCGAAUUCUCUCGUUAAAUAGCUUUUGUUUAAACUUUGGGUAUCGUGCACCGUGAGGUUCGUGGAUUUCGAAAAAAAAUAAAUACCUGACCAACAAUAAUGGCGGCUACGAAUGGAACCAGUGAUAAUUUAAACGCCAAAACUGGAAAUUUUCUAUGCGGCGUUGUGGAAGGAUUUUAUGGGCGGCCAUGGACAACAGAGCAGAGAAAAGAUUUGUUUCAAAAGAUGAAGAAAUGGGGAAUGGACUCGUACCUGUACGCCCCAAAAGAUGAUUACAAGCAUCGUGCUUAUUGGCGAGACUUGUACACCGUUGAGGAAGCUGAACAUCUAACUGGUCUCAUAACGGCAGCUAAGGAAUGUGGAAUUAUUUUUUACUAUGCACUGUCACCUGGUCUAGAUAUCACCUAUUCCAGUGUUAAGGAGGUGACAGCACUGAAAAGAAAGCUAGAGCAAGUCAGUCAAUUUGGUUGCGUUGCAUUUGCUUUAUUGUUUGACGAUAUUGAGCCAGAAAUGAGCGAAGCUGAUAAGGAAGUAUUUCAGUCUUUUGCCCACGCACAAGUUUCCGUCACAAAUGAUAUUUUCCAACAUUUGGGACAACCCCGUUUCUUGCUUUGUCCCACGCAAUACUGUGCGACACGUGCAAUGCCAAAUGUUCCUAGUUCAGAAUACCUAAAUACAUUAGGUAGCAAGUUGGCCCAAGAAAUUGACAUAAUGUGGACCGGACCAAAGGUGAUUUCCCGUCUUUUAACUGUAGAAUCUAUCGAAGAAAUUACCGAAGUCCUUCGAAGGCCGCCUGUUAUCUGGGACAACCUUCAUGCCAAUGAUUAUGAUCAAAAACGAGUCUUUCUCGGUCCGUAUUCCGGGCGAUCUCCCGAUCUCAUUCCAAAAUUGAGAGGAGUUCUCACAAAUCCAAACUGUGAAUAUGGUGCUAACUUUGUGGCAAUCCAUACGUUGGCGCAAUGGAGCCGAUGCAACGUUGAUGGCAAGAGAGAUCUCAGUCUCAAUGACACGGUAUCAGCUGAUAUUAAAUUGGAAACUGAAACGGAGGAUGGUGUAGUUGGUGAAGAUGUGCCAUCUAAUCUUUGCCCAAAUAUGUAUCAUCCUCGACAUGCUUUAAAAAAUGCGAUCAACGAUUGGCUCGUCGAAUUCAGUAAAAAACGUGCAGCUUGGGGUGUAAUUGUAAAACCUCAGCCUUGCGUGGCGCCGACUAUCCCAGUGCCCAUAAUUCCUUCAGUGAAUACGUGCAUGAGUAUUACGUCGACAACAUCGACAACGGUAUCAGUGUCGACGCCAGCUGUAACCAAUUCAAAUCAUCUUCAGGCAUUGGCAGAAGUCUGUUCUACUGUCACUGGCAAUGAAAAUUUCUUGCAACCUGCUUGCGGACCUGUUAUGAACUCUUUAAUUUCUGAUAAUAAAGUUGUCAGUGAACCAAUUAUGACAGCCGUUGUACCGAACCCUAGAAGUGAGGCCAUUCCUAGUAUUUCACCACUCACUGAGCCUAUGGACUGUAACACCACACCCGGAAACUCACCCGCUCAUAUAGCAAAGAGUUCAGCAGAUGACGAUGCGAUGGUAGAAAAUACUUCGACAUGCAGUGGGGCUUCCGGAAGUAUGCAAGUUGAAUUGGAAGCCACUUCACCGACUAUAAAUGGCACACAAAUGAUGGUUGAAACUGAAAAUGAAAAUCACGAAGAAUCCGAAUCCCAAGAAUCGGUCCCGAUUGAUGUGGAAAAGCAGCUCACCCAGGAAGAUUUGUCGCUCCUUUGUGAUCUUUUUUAUUUACCAUUUGAACAUGGUGGGCAGGGAAUUCAACUUCUUCAGGAAUUCAAUUGGCUAAAAAGCAACGCACAGAUUGUUAUGAAACACUUGAAAAACGAAAACGAACGCAACAACGCUGACAUCACAGAAUGGCACUCUCGGGCAGCCAAAAUGAAUGACAUGUGCGCAGCUGUUAAUAGAUUAUUUCAACGAUUAACCUAUUGCAACAAUCGAGAGCUAUUGUAUGACCUCUAUGCGUAUGUCUGGGAUAUGAGAGGAGUCGUUUCGCUCUUAAACAGUUACAUAAAAUGGCUUGCGUUUGGCAGAUUCCCGACAACGAUGACCACCUUCACCCAGGGAAGCUACACAUGGUUCUCUAAUGGGUGGAAAGAAACAUUUAUGAGUGGUGAUCAAGAGCCAUGGGUAUUUAGAGGUGGACUCACUGCGGAUUUACAGAGAUUAAUUCCAGUAGAUAGUGGAAAUGAUUUGUUUGUUUACAAAGCACCAGAAAUCCCUUGCAGUAAAAUAUAUACGAUCAGACCAUAUCUGUUGAGUGACGAAGAAGCUGUUCGGUCGAUUUGCAACCGAACAUCGAAAUCUACUUCCGCAGAGAUUGACAGAUUGGUCGGAGGCUACCUGACCCUGAGUCCAGAACUAUGCAUGGUUGUAGAAGAUGAAGAAGAAAUCGUCGGCUAUGCCGUAGCUGCCUUGAAUGUCAAAACCUUCGAGCAAAAGAUGGCUAUCUCUUGGAUCCCAGAACUUCAGGCUAAAUAUCCCCUAGACGACAGUAUAAAUAAUUUGCCAAGAGAUGCCCAGGAGGCCAUACGAUAUUUUCAUUCGUUCACCCCUGAUGUUGCGGAGGAAUUAUCCAAACAAUAUCCUUCUAAACUAUUGUGUUCAAUACUGCCUACCGUGACGGAUCAAUCUGUUGCUAAGAGGCUCGUAACUUGUGUUUUAGCUGCCCUCAGAGCUAAUGGCUCGUUUGGUGUGCAUACAACGGUACCCAAAUUGGAUACCGAAGCCCACGAGUUUUACGCUAAGCUCGGUUUCGUCGACCAACAAACGGCGCAAGAAGAGGAAUCGUUAGCAAUCGUAAUGUGCCGGAGUUUUUAACGGUGGGCUCAAACUGUCGAAUGCAUGAAUAAGAUUUUUUUACAUAUCUCCUGUUUGGAGAUAAAUAUUCCAAGCCCGGAAUAAGAAAAUGGUGAGUAUGAUGAAGCGAAUAAGUAAGGAACCUCACGAAAAACAAGCCAUUUCACAACACCACUAUUUCAAGUAUAAACAUUGUUCUGUCAAAUAAAAACUCAUCGCUGUUAACUUUGGAAGAAGGGGAAAAAGAAAUUUGCACAGAAUCUCACUGAUAAACUACGAAAGAUUAGACUUGUAUCUAAUAAAUAAUACCAAGAGGCGUUCCAACUUUUCUUUGAACUUAAGGGAAUAUAACAAUCAAUAAUCUAACUAUAAUUCAUGAUUAGUACUCAGAAGUCUGACCGUAUUGCCAUCAUAUUACUAAUGAACCGACAAAAAAUAUUGGGGUAAAUUCUUGGCGGAUAGACCGAUUUCUGUGUACUCUAAGUGAAUAUUUUCGACGUUUUACGUGAAUCAUAUCGACUAAUGUACUAAUUGAGUGAAUGAGACGUUUUUGGAAUCCGUCAAAUAUUGUUAACAACAGCAACAAAGUGAACGAUUGGUACUCCUUGACCAACUCUAAUAUUUUAUAAUUUCACGUGUGCUUUACAACAGUUCUGAUUUGUUUUUUUGUAACCGAUGACAACUUUGAACUCCACACGCCACAAUGUAGUUUGUAGUUUUGUACAAAAAUCAAUAAAUCCUCUACAUCAGCGCUAAUAGUAUUUUAUGUCCAAAAAAAAAAAAGAAAAAAAAAACCUCCAUCUCGAUGUAGAUCAAUACUACAUAGUUUACGAAUUACCAGAGAAGUAAUACAAUUUUCCAUACAAAAUGCAUUGAAAUGUUUAUUCACCAGACGAAAUCAUUCAUUGGCUUGGUCAUCCUAAACCGAUUGUAUUAAUAUCAGCAUUCAUUGGCUUUGUCAUCCUAAACCGAUUUUAAUAAUAUUAGCAUUCCACAAUCAUCCAUAUCAAUAUAUUCGAUCAUUGGUCAGUACAUGCGAUAUGAGAAUUUGCGAUUUGAAAAGUAAUAACCGUACCCUUUGUUCCUUGAACCGUAAUGAUACAGAGAAAUAAUGCCUUUGAAUCAAAUUAUGAGCGACGGUUGGCGUUUGCAUCGCCAAUGGGGUAGUAUGGUGUGGUUUGCUAGGGUGAAGUCACCGUAACGUCGUUGUAAUGCUUCAGACGCUGAACUUGAUCUUGGAAAUCUGUGAUCUGUAAAGGUCGGACCGUUUGAUUGUAAGACCUUAUUUUUAUCUAAAUAAAGUAACGGAAAACACAGGA